CUGCGUGAUUGGCGUGCAUGUUUGUGUGUCUGGCAAAACUGCUACUGGUUUCCCAUUCACAGAGACCAGAGUCAGACACUGGCUGGCUGCGCAGCAGAGGAGGGGAGAUAAAAAAAAAAAAAGAAGAAAACUCUCCUCCCGCCGCUAAGAAACCAACAGCUAUCAGAGACGUGAAGUCGACGCGAUGUCAAACACGAAAUGCUACCGUUUAGUUUGAGGAGACAGCUACCAAUAAGGAAGAGGCUGCAGAAAGUAAGGAGUGGGUGAGCGGUGACAGCUGGAUACAUAAAGCGAGGGAUUAGAAAUCCGCACGUGGAAAAAAGGGACUCGCUUUAACACGUCAGUGAAGACUGGACCCCUCCAUUUAAUCGUUUUUCAUCUGUUUAUUUCUGCCUGUGUCGGAGAUGAGUGCCAAGUCAGCCAUCAACAAGGAGCUCUUCACACCUCACGAUGAGAAGAUGCUCGCUGGUGUACAGGUGAAGAGGAGGACAAAGAAGAAGAUACCUUUCCUGGCCACUGGUGGCCAGGGAGAUUACAUGACUUUCAUCUGCCUCUCAGUGACGAACAAGAAACCGUCCCAUGUAUCCCUCACUAAAGUGAAGCAGUUCCAAGGAUCAUCUGCCUUUGUCAAAAGGUCACAGUGGACCAUUGAUCAGCUACGGCAGGUUAAUGGCAUCGACUCCAAUAAAGAUUGUCCAGAAUUUGACCUGAUGUUUGACAAUGGUUUGGACCAGUGGGUUGCCAGUUCAGCAGGAGAGAAGUGCACCUUCAUCCAAAUUCUUCAUCACACCUGCCAACGCUACUGCUCAGCACGGAAACCCGAGUUCAUCAACUGUCAGUCAAAGCUGCUUGGUGAAGGCUUAGAUACAGUCAUUUACCACUGCAAGGUCUAUUUCAACAGAAUGAGGAAAGACUUAGGGCCACAUCGUGGUCCUCCUCAAAAACAAGGUAACAGUAUACUCCACUCAGCUGCAGACAGUGUGACCAGUGCUGUACAGAAGGCCAGCCAGGCUCUGAAUGAGCGUGGUGAGCGAUUAGGUCGGGCAGAGGAGAGGACUGCAGACAUGAUGAACAGUGCUGAACAGUUUGCUGUCACAGCACACAAGCUCGCCAUGAAGCACAAAUGUUAGGACCACUGCCAAAACCACCUGCACUGGAGGUGUGAGCACAGACCAGUCGUUGCACAGGAGAGGGAUUCCAGUAUUAAUUCUUUUUACAUUUUUUUUUAAAAAUACGAUUAAUCUUUUUUACCAAUGUUAACAUUUUACUCUUUUGGGUUAUCAUACUAUGGUGCAGUUAAUUCCUAAUAACGGAGUUGCAGCACAUGCAGGGACUUGCAAAAGUACUUGUACUCCUUUAGCAGUUUGCUUCAUGCUCUGUCACAUCAAAAUCACAAACCGUUGUCUAAUUUCCAAGAGUCAUAUGAUAACCAACACAAAGUAGUGCAUCAUUUUUAAGUAGAGGAUGGGGUUUGUUGUGGUCCUAUCUGGCCUGAUUUGGAUUUCACCGGACCAUCCUAACACCAAUCCAUUUCACUGUUGUUCUGCAUGCAUGUUUAGAUGUGUUGUUCUCCAUGUCAGUCUCAAAUCUCUUGCAGCCUUUAUCACCUCUAUUCCUUCAACUUAGACUGAUUUGUCUGUAGCAUCCGCCACAUCAUGACACUACCACCACAUUUAGUGAUGGGGAUGGUGUAUUGAUUUGCACUAUAAGAUCUCUACUACAUACAACAUUUUACAUCUAAUCAGUGUCCCUUCUUCUACAUGACUUUCUUCUUGUCACUCAUCCUUAAAGGCCAGAUUCAUGGAGUGGUCGACUAAUAGUUGUCUUGUCAGCAGAUUCCACUUGAACAGUCCUUUAUGAGACGUUCAAAGUUCAGAAUAGUGUUUAAAAAACUAACCUUAUGUUAUUUUAUACCUGUUCUGUCUAUUGUCAGCAGAUUCCAAUUGAACAGCCAUUUAUGAGAUGUUCAAAGUUCGGGAUAGUGUUUUAAAAAACUAACCUUAUAUUUUGUACCUCCUCUGUCUAUUGUUAUUGUUCGUCUUCAUAAUGCUGUUUGUUCAGUAACGUUAAUUUCUAAAUGCUCCGCUGCUUUGGCAAAGCAACGGAGCAUAACUGACACAUUAACCAAUUAGGUGCUUUCUGACAGCAAUUGAUUGCACUCAAAUAUACAGACUAGAGGGUUGCAUUAGGAAAGUGGGUUGAAUACAGAUGCACACCACUUUAACAUUGCUCAUUUGCUAAAAAAAAACCAUUCAGCUUGUGUCAUUCACCAUCCACUUUAUAGUUAUGUACUACGCCAUAUUGGUCCCAAUACAAUAAAUGACAUUUUGUGUUUGUGAUGUGACAGUGUGUUGGUGUGGAAAAGUUUAAGGGGUGUGAGUUCUUUUGAAAGACCCAGAAGAUGAGAGAGGAAGGGACAACGUUGAGGAGAAUGUUUAGUGCUUCCGUUUGCCAAAAAUGUAACUUUAAUGACAACAGUUAACAGUAACAAGCCCUGAGUUCACAUUGUGUUUCUGAGAUAAUAACGUGUGGGCUAAAGUUAAACUAGAAACUAUCGUCAAUUUCUCCCAGACGAGUAAUACAUUGUUUCUGAUUGUUAGGAGUUAUUUAUCCACACUGCUGGGUUUUAAAGGCUGAUUUAUGAAUCAGUAGUCUGUUAUGUGUUUUCCUUUUGAAAAGAGUGUCUCCAUUAAAUCUAAUAUAAAUCUUUUGCACCUACGUUUCUAAAGGUUGAGUCUUCCUUUCAACAUUUUGAACCAAAUUUGGGACAGUGCAGUUUCAGCCUGUCCUUUCUCAAUCUGCAUUUUCAUUCUCAGUUUGACUCUUGAGUCUUUUGUCCUCGACUUCAGGAAGUAAAAGCGGUAUGUUUCCUUUCAUACAAUGCCAGCUGGAGUAGAGUGAAGAAAGAUGAUAAACCCACUUUGUCACCUUAUGGAUUUUUUUUUUUUUUUUGGGAGAAACAACAAAAAAAAGCCUACCACAUUUUUUAGAAGUAUUAACAUCAUUUCUAAGGAUAUUGAUUACACAUUGUAUUGACUUAUGUUACAAAGAGGCAGUACAUUAGACCAGGCUGCAGUUUGAAAGAAAAACAACCUCUCAUACUGAUAUCUCAACGUCUGUAGAUUUAAUUUGUCUCUUUAUGGGGUGUAUUACAAUUAAUUUUUGCUGUAGUUCACUUUUCAACACCAAGUACUGAGUUCCUUUGCUUUCCUUUAUUUAAUUUGGGAAUUGUUAAGAGAUAACAGCUGAUCAUGGACAAAUUCCUUUAGUAGCAGCAAUAUAUGAUACUUUUUGUUGCUUUUUUUAUUGUACUUUCCCACACUGACUAAUUUUGAGGUCACAGUUUGGAUGUACCCGAUUGUUUUUAUAUUUUGCUUUUUUCUAAGUCAUGAUGUUACAAAGCACUGAUGUAAUAAUCCUGCAGUGCACUGCGGAGUUCAUAAUGAGUUCUAGUUGCCUCACUUGGAUGUUUAGCUUUUUUAAUAACAAGAAAAAGAUUGAUUUCUAUUAUUAGUCCUUUUUACUAGCUAGCUUGAGGUUUGUGUUUUAUGCUUCCAACAAAUGUAACACACACCUGGUACAUUGAUAUAUCUUUAGUCAAUUCACAAAAUUGUUCUCUUUUCAAUGUGCCAACAGCUUUAAUUGUUUCAGGGUUUAUUAUCUUGCUUUCUUUGUUUGAUGGGCUCAGUUUCACUUUAAGCGUUAACACUUGUUCUUUUUUCUCUGAUUUUCAUUCCAACUCUAUGCGGUUGUAACAUGUGAAAUAAAGACCACAAUUGCAGUAAAA